UCCCACUUUCCAACCCUCUUGAAAUAUCGUUCAAGCUUGCUCGAGCUGAAGCAGAAGAUUGCAGACGAACAUAUUCCAACUCCCAAUCAGUGAAAGCUGUGCAUUGCGCUUCCAUCAGUGUGAGAAAACUGGCAGAGCAGAUCAAAGCAAGGCGUACGCAUUUACCUCAAUAUCUACUGCCGGUGUACGCUUCUUCCAGAGGCCCCAGCGACUGAUCAAGAUCUCAUUGAAGGUUCCGGGGUCGUCGUCAAGUUUGGUCACUGGUCAGCGGCUCCCUGGUGCUGCCUUGUCUUUAUCUGAUCAGCCGAAGAAAUUCUCACUCCGAGUCUCUCUGGACUGUUCAUCUAUCUCGCAAGAUAUCCGGUCACGGUCAAAUAUACUUAACAGCCUGAGUAUCAUACGGAGUUACAGUACCUUACAUCCCCCAACACCUCACCAACAAGCCUUUGGCUAGUACCACCAAGCCAACUCCUCCAAUAUGUCAACAGCAAAAACAAAAACAACAGGCAAACAAAACAUCAUCCAAGCCACCCCCAUCACAGUAUCUCUCCACGACCUCGAACGCAACACCAUCCCCUUUUCCACGCUCGUGGCCGCAUUCGGCCCCGACAGCCUCGGAAUCCUAGUCGUCAAAGACCUACCCAGGGAAUUCUCCAGGCUCCGAAGCAAAGUACUCGCCGACGCAUCUCGACUGGCCGCCCUACCUCCAGAAAAACUGCAGAAACUAACGAACCCGACGGCAAAAUAUCUAGUCGGCUGGUCGCACGGUGUUGAAACACUUAGACCUGGGGUGGUCGACACCGCGAAGGGAAGUUAUUAUGUCAAUUGUGCGUUUUAUCAGGACCAGAACAAUCCCUCCUCCUCCUCUUCCACCGACCAAACGACCUCCGAAAAGUUUGCAGAAUACACCGCCCCCAACAUAUGGCCCGACGACCACGACAUCCCCGGCUUCCAAAACGACGUUGAGGCCUUAAUCACACUCAUCAUCGACACUGCCGUGCUAGUCGCGCGGGCAUGUGACCGGUUCGCCGAAAAUCAACAUAUACCAGGCUACCAGGCUGGCUAUCUGGAACGUGUGGUUCGAACUAGCACAACCACAAAAGCGAGGUUGUUGCAUUAUUUCCCAUUAGACCAAAACAACACUCCCGAGGACACCAAUUCUGCCUCCGCCUCCACUGAUCCCGCUACCGAUCCCCCCUCCGAUCCCACCGCCGAUGAUGAAGACACCUCAGUCUCAGAUACAUGGUGCACCACGCACCUCGACCACGGUUGCCUGACAGGUCUAACAUCAGCAAUGUUCGUCGACGAAUCCCUCUCCAACACCGAUCCAGCCGAAUCCGAACCGGGAAUCAUCAUCCCCAACGUCGGUCUCGAACUUCCGAGUUCCCCGGACCCUUCUUCGGGACUUUACAUUGUUUCGCGGACGGGCCAGAUUUGUAAAGUCGCCAUCCCGCGUGAUUGUCUGGCUUUUCAGACCGGUGAGGCUUUGGAACUCAUUACAAAGGGCCAAUUCAAGGCUGUUCCGCAUUUCGUCAAGGGUGUGGAUCCUAACAAUAUAAAGUCGCAUGUCAGCGACAAUACCAACACCAACAACGACAGCAACAAGGCAAAACAACGCAAGCCCAAAAUCGCUCGGAAUACUCUUGCUGUAUUCACCCAGCCGAAUCUCGACGAGGUGAUUGAUCCGGAAACAGGGUUGACGUUUGGCGAAUUUGCCAGCGGAGUCGUCAAGAGGAACACGGCGGACGGUGCGCGGUCGUAACAUUGCAAUGAUCGACCAUUGUAUUGAAUCGCUGUCCUGAAGCAAUUACUAGCGGGCUACGACGACUACUUAUCUAGCCUGUACAUAUAUCACUUGAAUUUCAACGCGUCAAUCAAUAAUCGUCUUCUCUUGUAGACGCUGACACCAGCACGGCAGUGUAGAGGUGGGCUUGUCCUUAUCUGCGCCAUUCAACCCGAAUCAGGAUCAGAAUAUGAUUUAUGCCUGUGCCCGUUCCGCCGGGUUAACUAAACCCUGAACAUAUCAAUAGUCCUUCAUGCCUGUGGAAGAAUGCCAUUUGCCAUUUGUUGCCA